AAUAGGAGCUGUGGCAUUCCAAGUGGAGCAGAGUGGAGGCGCUCCCCGCCAAUGAAUAAUAAUAUUAAGUAACUGCGCUGAGUGAUUCUGCUCUAUUUAACCGGAGAGGGAGGCAUGGCAGCAGCUUCUUUCUGAGUGGGACGAAGAUAUUAUUAAAGAGGAAAUUAUUCGGAAAGGACUGAACAUAACUGAGGUGGCAGUGCUGCAGUAUUCUCAGCUAUAAGAGUUCUUGAGAGUUUAGUAAGCUCAAGUCAGCCCUCAACUGUCCUCCCAGUCAAUGCUUGGCAUGAUGUUUGAGGAUGAGUCUCAGGGUAUGAGGGGCCAGCAGGAGUUAUCUGUUCUCCAUGCCAUGGAUUCAUCUGAUGUAGCAGCUUCUAGUGAAGCUGAUGGUCCUUUGUCCUUUACAGAUGAGGCUGUGUCCAUACUGACCUCCAGCAACAUGCUGGCUCGCUCUCUGCUGGGUCGCACCUCAGCCAUUAAACGUAAAGAGAGCCCUGCUGCCACUGCCCGACGCAAGCGCGAGUUCAUCCCUCAGGACAAAAAGGACGACAGCUACUGGGACAAAAGGAGGAAGAACAAUGAGGCAGCCAAACGUUCUCGGGAGAAGCGGCGAGUGAACGACAUGGUCCUGGAGAGCCGGGUUCUCGCUCUGCUGGAGGAGAAUGCCCGGCUAAGGGCGGAACUGCUGGCUCUGAAAUUCCGCUUUGGUUUGAUUAAAGAUCCUUCCAACACACAAAUUCUACCACUUGCUGGAGCUUCUCAGCACAAUGUUCAAAACCUGACUCCUCAAUAUUAUUCGCACAGAGGCGAUGCAGGGCCUCAAACCUCCCCAGCACCACAUCCCAACAACCACUUAGGGCAGUCAAGCACCAGGGGUUCUAGGGAGGCAGGUAACCUAUCAGAGGAUUCUGGGUUUUCUACGCCAGGUGGGUCCAGUGUAGGCAGCCCCAUCUUUUUUGAAGACCGCUUUGGUGACCAUGGGAAAUUUUCACCGCACAGAGUGGAAGAGUUAGGCUAUGACCUCCAGCACUCACCUGCUGAUGUCCACCACCCUGCAGCACUCAGUGUUGAGAAGCAGGACCAAGUGGAAGUGAUAAAAAAUCUUCCUCACAAGCUACAUUUCAAGACACCUGGAAGCGGCGAGGGCAUUGAUGUUGGGUGCGAUAAUACCAGCGCCAGACGCAGCCCCCCUAUCUCCACUGCAAGACGGGAAGGUCCUCAGGAGGCAAGUAAAGGACUGAGGGGAGGUGAAGCAGGAGCAGGGCAAUCUGCUGGCUCCUGGGUUCAGCAACUGGACGGCGAGGAGUGUAGGAGGGAGAGUCAGAUUCCUCAUUAUGGUGCUUCUAAUGCUGGCUGUAACGUCCAGUCUCCUCCCACGCCUGGCCAAAGUGAAGUCCAGUAUCAGCAUGAGAACACUUACCUGAAGACUCAGCUCAGCUCUCUCUCUGAAGAGGUGGCUCAGCUGAAGAAGCUUUUCACAGAACAGCUCAUGUCCAAAAUCAACUGAUGACCAUGGGUGAUAGUCGAUGUGUGCUGAUGGUUGGAUUUUUAAGGUCAUUUAGCACAGAAAAACAGCAAUACAGGCUUGUCCUUGUAUUCAGAAGGACUUUCAUGUUUAAGUAGUUGCGUGUUGUUUUCUAAUGUACUCAGCGCUGGUCAUUUGGCCCCUUUGCCAUUUCGUACCAUUGAAUGUUUGGUAAUUUGAUACCUUAAAAAACCAGGUUCCAUACAUUCAUUUGUACCCACCUAGUGAAUGUUUUGCACCUGAUUUAAAACCUGGCAAUUAAAAGUAAUGUUCCAUUUUCAACUUUUUUAUUAAAGGAAAACAUGGUCAUGUGACUCAAAUAAAUACUAUCUACCAGCAGGAAGUUGUUUGGUUAGAUCAGAGGUCCUAAACUGUUACCAGAGAUCAGAAAAUAAUAUACAGUUAAAUAAAUUAGAUUAGAUGGGCAAUUUUAGCAUUUUUCUGACUAUUUACAUAAUUCAUUAAAAAUGAAACAGCAAAAAAACCGAUCCUCUUUUUUUUUAAUGACCUGGGUAUCAAUUUUUUUUUAUGGGCAUUGAAAUGGUAGUAGGACGGCAACAUGUGGAAACUAAAUAUGGGUACAAAUUGGUGAAGUGGUGAACUGACCCGGAGCGGAAUAUAUUAUCUUUAAACACUCAUAUUAUCUGCUGUUUAACAACAACUUGCUGUGACCUCACCUGCUAUCUCUGUUGCUCAUAAAUAAGAGUCCUUUGUGUAUAUUUAUAAAAAGUAAAAUACUGUGUAUUCUAUACACUGUGACAACAAAGAACACACACCUCACAAAACGGACUACAUGACAUUAUCACCCGACACCGCCAGAUUAGAUGAAGUAUUUAAGGUGGGUUUUAUUUAUCACACAGGUUUCCACUGCUGAGAUGUGUCUAAUUAAAGCCUAUAAAUACAAUCAGACACAAAAGGUGAAUACACCCAGAGAUUUAAUCACUAACGGGUAUAACAAAACAUCACUCACAGAACCUGAAGGCUCGCUGAAAUGUUUUGAAUCAUGUUUUUAGCAUUCAUAAAUUUGCUUUAGGACAAACACCGCAACUUGUACAGUUUUGUUUGUGACUAGUUUUUGGAACUCAUUCCUUUGUUACUGUUUGAUCUGAAGUGGCAAUAAGUCAGUCCAGACUGUGUUUCUGUGCAUUUUCCUAUUUAAAAACAAAUACAUUUGACAUAUU